AUGGCUACUUUCAAGCGGCAAGCCAACCACGAAACAAAGUUCAGUCGUGCCGUUGACGAGAGUAUCUACCCCAGCGUUGAACUCGCAUCACCAGGCUCUCACAACCUGUCACCCAUCGCUUCAGAUCCCAAGAUGCCCAGGACCGGUGUUGAUGGCGAGCCCAAAAAGCCAUGGAACACUCAUUCCGGCCCGUACGCGAAUGACCGGGUUGUGAGGCUGCAGCAGCAUCGUAUCUGUUCAAAUCCGCCUCCACCUCCACCUGUCAAACACCGCGGAAUAGGCAUGGGGGGGCGCGUCCAGGCCUUAAACGCAUCCCGUCGCCCCAUCCAGGCUCGAGUGUUGGCAGAGAACGCAGCUGGCACCCAGCGGGCAGCAGGCCCCGAGCACAAGCGUUUGGCAGCAGAACGUCAGAAGCGAGAAAGCAGGAGUCAUGCCGAAUGGGAGGUUGAGGGGAUCAUUGACGACUGUAUCGAAGCUGAUACGCUGAGGCAUUACUAUCUGAUCAAGUGGAAAGGCUGGGGGACGAAGCAUAAUACCUGGGAACCGAAGCGCAACCUGGUGAAAUGCGCUGAAUUCCUACAGAACUACCACAGGGAAAAGAAAGACAAAAUGAUAGGAAAUUUUUGA